GGCACGUCCACUUCCCCCUGGGUGGAGCAGCAGGCCCUAUAAAGACCUUGUCAGCUGUACCACUCCAAUCCUCCCAGCACUCGAGUUCUGAUCUACUUCAGGGAACCUGAUUCUAACGCUCCAGAAAGAUGUCUUAUCAACAGCAGCAGUGCAAGCAGCCCUGCCAGCCACCUCCCGUGUGCCCACCCAAGUGCCCAGAGCCUUGCCCACCCCCAAAGUGCCCAGAGCCAUGUCCACCCCCAAAGUGUCCUGAGCCGUGCCCACCACCAAAGUGCCCUGAGCCAUGCCCACCUCAGCUGUGCCAGCAGAAAUGCCCUCCUGUGCAACCUGCUCCACCAUGCCAGCAGAAGUGCCCACCCAAGAGCAAGUAACAGCUCCAGUGUUCAUCAGGAUCAGGAAAGGAUAAGAACCACUGUCUCACCUGGUUCCCAAGCCCUUCUUCAUCUUUCUCUCAAAGCCUGUUAUGGAUGCAGAAGAACCUUCUCCACCCUUCAGCCUGUAAUAAGCCUGUGAUGAAUCCUGGCAGUGAAUGAUUUCCUUUCUGAGGUUGUCCUACCAUUAUCUCUAGGAGGAAGCUGAGAAAGACCUGUCCUUGGCUGUGCCAGCAUCCCCCAGCUUCAGAAGGAAGACAGCUGCUCCCUUCCUGGGUGGCAGCAGAAGGCUCUGUCAAUGGCUUGUGGGUCUGGUUGUCACCUGGAUGAGAUUUCUGCUACCUUGGCAUCUGUUACUUUUAUUUCAUUUUCUGAAUAAAGUACAUAUUUGCUUGUGA